UAAAAUACUCGCUGCUCGCAACUUAAAAGACUUCAAAAAGCCCAGAACAGCUCCUCAUUCCUUACCUCCCUCCUGCAAGCUCCAAUGGAGGAAACAGAUGAAGCAGAGAGCUACUGGCUUCAUGAGCUUGAAGAUGAGCUCUCGAAGGACCUUGACGUCUCAGAAACCGUUGCUCCUCAAGAAUCCACCAUCAGAAACAAGCUCAUCGCCAAUAUCUACUCCGGUCCAACAAUCAACGAUAUUGAGAAUGCACUGGCUUCGAGUUACCAGAGCAGAAGCGGCGUCGAAGGAAUAAACAAGAUGCACCCCGUGAUGUCAGCAUCAGAGAAGGGAUAUGGGAAGAUAGAGAACAAAUACACAAUAAGAAUCAAAAGCUCAGGGAAUGGACUUGCUGAUGAUGGUUACAAGUGGAGGAAAUAUGGGCAGAAAACUAUCAAAAAUAGUCCCAAUCCAAGGAGUUAUUAUAGGUGCACAAAUUCUCGGUGCCACGCCAAGAAACAAGUGGAAAGAUCGACAGAAGAUCCAGAGACUCUUAUCGUCACCUAUGAAGGCCUCCACCUCCACUACACAUACUCCCACUUCCUCUUACCACGACCACAAAAUUCUCUUCACAUGCCAAAGAAACCUAAGAUCCAAAAUCCUAGCUCAGAGGACAAACAUAAUGAGGAGCUAAAGGCACAGAGCCCAGAAACUAGGACAGAGCAAGAGGAGCAAAAACAAAGCAGGGUUAUUGGAGAAGAUAAGCCACAAGAAGAUUUUCGAAAAGAUCUCGAAACUACAUAUUUAAGCAUCAUAGAGGAGCAGAAUUCAAAAGGGCUGCUGGAAGAUAUUGUGCCAUUUUUUGUGAGAAAUCCGUCGAGCUCAACUACAUCUUCUAUUGAGCCUUCCUCCCCCUCUCAAGUAUCCUCACCUUCGUACUCUUCAUCUCUUUCCUGGUCUCCCAUCGAUUUUUACUUUGAUGAGGAUAUACUAUCAUAUAUUAUUUGAAAGGUAAUUCAGUAACAAAAAGGAUAGAUGCUGCCAUAUGUUUCAUCUAAAUAUCAGAUAAUGCAAUGCAACUUGAUUGUACAAUACAAGUUGAAAGGCUUAUGUACAUGUAAUAAGAAUGGGGUAUUCUCUGUGAGAGGGUAACACUUAGAUUUUUCUCUAGUGCCUAUUAUAAUGCAACCCUUAGCUAUUGGUAAACA